GGAGUGGAGGUGGAGGUGAGCUGGAGCAGGAAGCUGUUGGCUGGCUGAACAAGGAAAGAGCAAUUCCUGAUUUGUAGCUAUGGCUGAAUUAGUCUCCGAGAAGGACCCCACAUACCCCUGUUCCGAUACCGCUGUGGAACCACCAGCAGCUCCUGAUUCAGGUCCAGACAAACAUUCCUCUGCUGAGCUCAACCCUCCAUGCUGCUUUUUCCUGGAAGGACGUUGCCGCUUCGGUGCCCACUGCCGGAACCCUCACCCUGGUGAUGACCAUCAUUUAGAAGACCACAGACCCAUCCACCAUGACCCUGCCCCACAGUUGCCAUCCAGCAAAAAGCCUCCCAUGAAAACAGCAGAGGAUGUUAUCUCUCGUGUCCUGUGGGACACCCAGGUGCCAGCCCAAUACUUCUCUAUUGGUUACCUUGACCGGUUCUUGGGGAUAUUGGAAGAGCCUUUUACUGCUUUCUCAUGGGAGGAUCUAGCUUCAGCCGGGCCAGGGGUGCUGGCUAUCCCCAAACAUAGGAUCCAAUAUUUCAAAUACAGGUCUCGUGUGGUGUGGGACAAAGUCAGCCGCACAGAUGAUGUCUUUGGGUCCACAGGAAGUGGGAGAACCAUCUUGGAGGUGAUAAAAGAAGAGGAGGAGGUAGCUCAAGCCACCAGGGAAAAGACUAAUGGUCAUCCUUCCGAAGGAGGCAGAGGACAGGGGAUGGCCCAGGACAGGGAAGAGGAGAUAGACACCAAUGGUUCAGCUAGAGAUAGAGAAAAGCAGCUGAACAGGACAACUGAUGGACAGGAAGCAUCCAAGGAGCUUGGGGUAGACAUGGAUAAUUUGAAAUUGGUUGGAGACACGCAUACUAUCCUAGAUGGAAAUGUGGUGAACAAGGAGAUGGAAGGAGAGGAAGUCCACAGAGUUAGGGAUGGACAAUCCGUCAAGGAAGAAGUAACCAAACAUGUCCUCAGCAUCAAAAAGGGAAAUGACCCAAUAGUGCUGGAGGAGGUAGCAGCUUCAGGAAGCAGGGAGGGGGUAAACGUUCCUCGCUCUAAACAGCGUCCCACUCAUUUCGUAGCUAUCCGAAUCACCAGCCCAGAAACCCGGGAAGCCGUGAAACUAUUUCAAGGUGCUCUCUGUGAGGUUCGCCCAGACUUAGCCAACUUCUGUACGCCCCUGGCUACUCUACACCUUACCCUUUCCUUGCUGCGCUUAGACACACCAGAAGAAAUCUACAAAGCGAUUGUGGCUCUCCAAGAGCUACAAGCCAACAGCCAGCGCCUGCUGCCCCCAGCCUUGCUUCUCUCUUUCCACAGGUUAGAGACUUUUUUUUCGCGCGUGCUUUACAUGGCUCCAACAUCUACGCCUGAGCUGAGUUUACUGGUCCGAACUUUGGAGGAAGCCUUUAGCAAGAAGGAUUUGACUGUGAUUCAUCCUCCAGACAAAGAAAAAUUCCACUUGACCAUCAUGAAGAUCCCACUACGGAAGGCAAUGCCUCAACUGCCAGCAGAUUCCUUAUGGAUUCCCACUAUUGAGAGUUUAGGAACACAGGCAGUAGAGGCACUAUGCUUAUGUGAGGUAGGAAAAGGUAGGACGACGGAUGGGUUUUACAGCACUGUGCUGAAAUUAGAUUUAUACUGAGGGAAUUGAGAUCCAUCAGCGAGUAGGUAGCUUUAUGGCCAAGACCUUCGGUGCAGAAGAGGGAAGGGACUAGGAGUUCAAUACCUACUUGUAGUGUAAAUGGUGUUGU